ACAGGUUCUCUCUUUCCCAACCUUGCAUUCUGUGCUCCAUGGCUUCAAACUCUGUUAAAAUGGUUUCCAUUUAACUUGCACCAUAUUAUCUGAUCUGGGUUUUCUUUAUUUCUCAUUCGGAUCAUAUUUUUUUUCAAGAAAAAAGCUUUCUUUUCUUCUUUUGUUUGCUUCACUAACCUUUGAAAGAAACAAAGGCCCGGCCUUUCUUUUUCCCUUGCGGUUUUGGUAACUUCUUGGACUGGUAUAAUGAGAUUCUGAAAAAUGGGAUUUUGUUUCAAGGAAGCAGGAUAUUGGUGUAUGUUUCAAGAUCAGCUUCAUUUUCCUUGUUUCUUUCUAUAUUGAUGGUGAUAGAGUUGUUUAUAGAAAGAAGAGGAAAAGCUAGAAACCUUCUUCAGUGGUCUGAAAUUGUUGUUUAAGUGGUUCUUUUACAAUGAGAAGAGGUAGAGCAAAAGCAAAGAAGCAGAAUGUUGUUUCUUCUCUCGAUGACCCAGGAAGCGGUGAAGAUGAAAAAAUUCCGGCUUAUAAGAGAAGAGGAAGGCCGCAAAAGCAAACGAGGGAUGAUAUCGAUGAAGAUGAAGUGGAGAAGGCUGAAGAAGACGGUGAAGAUAUAAAAGGUUCGGUUCCUACCAAAGAGAUGAAAAAUCUGGCCGCCACGGAGAACGGGAGGAAGAGGAAAAGUUCUGUUCAAGCAAAAGAAAACAUAGACUCGAUCAAGAAAGGGAACGGCGUUACAACAAAGUCGAGCACUGAUGAUUUAACUAAAACGGCUGGAUACCGGCAAAACAGUAGCAGGCGCAAAAACAAGCCUCGACGGGCUGCUGAAGCUGUUGUCGAGUGCAAGUGAGGUUACCAAGUUAUGCUUGUCUACGCAUUGUAUGGAUUCAGAUGUUUCUUUUUGUCGCACGUUAUUUGUUUUUGCAGUUUCUGUAUUCCAUUUCAGUAGCUUUUAAUUUUGGUUGCAUGUUAUUUUGACAAGUAAUAUUCCAUGGU